AGAGAUUAUAGUGGUGUGUAAACAAAUGGCUUAUGGCGUGGGUCGGGUAUCUUAUCGAAAACAAACACUGCUAGAACAGUAUUUUGUGCAGUGGCUGAAUUUGCAGCAGGAAAAAGCAUCGAUUAUGGGAUGUCUUUUCCACAAGGGAAGGCGACAGGAUACUAAAGAUUCAAAAGUAAAGGAAUAUUCGUGGGACAAACGAGAUAAAGUCAACCUGAAAGAUUUUACUGUGGAAAAUUUGGACAACGAAGAAAUUUGGAAGCUGCCGGGAACAAUUAAUGGCCAACAGUUUGUUAUUCAGAAAUGCAAAACAUCAACUGUAUAUUUAUUAGAUCAUAUAAAUACCAUAACUAUCGACGAUUGUGUGAAUUGUAAAUUUGUAAUAGGUGCUGUAAAGGGCAGCAUUUUUCUGAGAAACUGCAAGGACUGUUCUUGUGUUGUGGCUUGUGGACAGUUUCGAUCCUGUGACUGCAGGAAAAUAGAUGUAUUUUUAUGUUGCCCAACACAACCUGUCAUAGAAGCAUCAACUAGUAUGCACUUUGGCUGUUAUCAGUUGUAUUAUGAUGACCUCGAAGAUCAGUUUCAUCAAGCAGGGUUAAGUGCAUUUAAUAAUGAGUGGAGUGUCAUUCAUGACUACACACCUGUAGAAGGAGAAAAUAAUUGGUGCCUUCUUCCCGAUACAAUAACAAUCCAUGAUUAUAUCUCCAUUCCAAAAGCAGAAGAACUGAAAAAGUUAAAUCUGUCUUUGCUUGAAGAUAAAAGUGUUGUGCCAUACACUUGGGGACCACACAAGACAAUGGAUGGGGAAUCAUGUCUUGUAAUAUUUUUCACAGAUGGGCAGCAAGUUCAGCGUGCAAAAGCUUUCAUCAACACUCUGAAGAGAGAAAACGCUGAUUGUUUGUUACUUCUGAGCAAGGAGGUUCAGUUGAGUACUGCUGAAGCGGAGAAAGUUUUUAGGUCAACUUCUUACAACAGCAUCAUUCAGAGAGGCCCUGUUGUUGGUCUCCAUUAUUGUGGACCUGAAUGCAUUUCUUCAUGUCAACAAGUGGCAGUGAAUAUAGCAAAAGACACUGGCUCAACUGGUCUUGUUUAUGUUAGUACCAAUCCCAAGUUUUCACUUAAGCAAGUGGAAAGUUUCUUCAACUUCACUAUCCCAUGUGGAGUAUGAUAAUGAGGAAGACUGCUAUAAUCUGGUGUAAGAUUUUGUUUUACGUAUCUACAUGGGAUUUUAACAACUGCACAAUCUCUCAUUUUGUUACACAUGAGCUGUCACAGAGAAAUUUUGAUGACUUUGUAUUGUUCGAACUGAUGUUCAUGAUAUAUUUAUACAUUUUUUAUGACUGUACUUAUUUAACAAUGCCAAAAUAUUUACAUUGUAGUCAUUUGAUGCUAGUCAUUAAUGUAAGAAAAAAGAAGCACAUUUACACUUUUUUAAGUUUUUGUUAUUUAAAUUUUGCUGUUAACCAAUCACAAAGGCUGUCUGUGUUGUAAAUAUUUAUACAA